GAGUGACCCGGACGAAGCAAAAAAGCUACUCUAGCCGCCGGACGGGCCCGAGUGACCCCCGUGUCGUUUAAUUUCAUUUCCUCGAGUGUCCUAGUCAUGUAGCAGCACCUUCGGCAAAUGAUCUUCACGUGUUUUGUGCUUUGCUUAGAGGAUGAUGGGCGCCGAAUUUAAUUAUUUGUGAGGAUGAUGAUCGGAUGGCGGCGGCAGUUGUAUAGUUGUUUUAGUGCCACUAGCUCGUAGUUAAUGGGGAACAGAUGCAUUUCUCCACAUGUGUUUUGGCACACGUAAUACUACCAUUUUCAUUCCUGAGGUUGUGCCUUUGCCUGAAGACCCGUGGAAAGUCAGAGCAGGCAUGUGUUUCUCAUUGCGCGACGCCUGAACUCCACAUGUCUGACGGUAGUGGCGCUUUCGCUUUCGGCCCGUCUGUUUCACGCUUGGAAAAUUAAAGGAAAAUUACGAGGCGUAGAACAGUCUUUGGCCGCAUGUUUUUCGUGCAUCUGGGUGGGCAUGGCAAUCAAUCAGUGGGUCGAGUCUCCGUUUCCUGGAGUCAAAGCUUCCCUGCCCAGAGUUCAGACUCUUUCCCCUCUUGCCUCUUUGCCAUGGACCGAAUAAACAUGUGGAUUCCACGCGGGAAGACACUCCCUGCUGUUGACCGCCUCCUCCUCCCCCCCUCCCGCCAUUCCAUUCGGGGAAGGAAGGAAGGAAGAAGCAUGGCGGAGCAGGCAAUGGAUCGGGAAGCAAAAGAGGAAAGCAGGUGCUCGAUCGCUUGCCGGACUGGGACCGGGGAUUCUUUCAGCGGCUUGGGGGCGGCGAGCGGAGCAGGACAUCCUUCUCGAUCCGUCAGCUGGCUUGGAUCAGAUGAUAUACUUGAGGUGAAAUCUGAAAUGGGUGUGAGUAGAAUCGCUCGGAAGGAACUUCGCUGAGGGAGCUCACAACUUCAGCCUGUUUCCUUGGAGCUGGAAUCGGUUAAUAUGUCUUGCUCAGGUACUUCAAACUCUAAGAACUUCUACUUCAU